AUGGCACCUCCCAAACUCAAUCCAGUGUUGUUGAGCGCAGUGAGAGUAAGAACGUUGAGAAUGAUCAAACAUACGUUAGACAAUGUGAGCAAAUUGACAGAUGCCUCAGACAUGAGCGUUCUUGUGAUUUUGAAAGAAGACAUGAUGGAAAAAUGGACUAGUUUCGCCAGCGCUUUUGAAGCUCAUGAAGAGUAUCUUACCGCCAACGAUGACAGAGAUAACCCGGAACUGCCAACAAUUACUGAUGAAUUCAUCGCCAUUCAUUCUCAAUUUCUUACAGCAAAAACGCUUGUGCACAAAUUGUUAGCCGCAGUUCCGCCGGUAGGUAAUAUUCAUAACUCGACUUUGAAUCCUCUGGUUGAAGAAAGGCGACCGAAGCCUGCUUGCAAAUUACCACCAGUACGUAUCACUCCUUUUGCUGGCGAUUCGGGUGAUUGGAUUGAAUUCAAAGCCACUUGUUCAAAGGUUUUGACCGAAGAUAUGCCAGACUUUCAAAAACUUCAGCAUUUAAAGGAUGCUUUAAUCGGUGAGCCUCGAAAUCUUGUAGGUUUUGUAAUGCCAAACGAAGGCGCGUAUGAUAAAGCAAUGGAACUGCUUCAAAAUCGAUAUGAAAAUUUCCGAAAGAUCAUCAAUGACCAAUUACGUAAGUUUUUCGACCUUCCAUCAAUCACAACGCCGUCGGCUGAAGCGUUUCGAGCCAUGUUAAAUGUAACGAACGGUUUGUUGGCAACUCUUCAAAGCUGUCACGUCGAUACACAGAGUUGGGAUGCUAUUGUGAUAUUUGUUUUGACACAAAAAUUCGAUGUGUCCACGCUUGAAAUAUGGGAAGAAAAAUUAAAUGGUAAGCGUACGAUUCCACCCUUGAAAACUUUUUUGGAAUUUCUCGAAACGCGUAUCAUCGUUCGAUCUGGAAUGGACAGUAACGAUCAAGUGCCGGGGCAGUCUGAAAAACAACAGAAAUCGUUUGUCAAGCCACCGCAAAAGGUAAAUUCAUUCGCACAUAACAACAAAGACAAAAACGCCCGAAGUUUCUUCACACUUAAGGCUGAGUACAAAUGCGUUUUGUGUGGAAAAAAUCACCUGCCGUCACGUUGUGAUGAAAUCGUGCGCAUUUCAGCUAAGGAACGACAUACUCUUGUGAAACAGAACAAUCUUUGUUAUAAUUGCUUUUAUCCGCAUGCAGUACGCGAUUGCCCGUUUAACCCUGCGUGUAAACGAUGCCCUGAACCUCACCACACCUUAUUGCAUUUGGAUGGCCAAAAAAUGUAUUUGAACAUGGCCAGUGGAAUCAAUGAUUCAUUCGAACAGCAAGAGUCAUCGGAAACAAAUGGUUUAUCGGACGAUACAUUAAGCCAAUUGUCAGCUCAUCACUUUUAUCAUAUAAAAGACGAUGACGAUGCGUUAUUGGCCACUGCUAUGGUGCCGGUGCGUUGCGAAGGUCGUUCAGUUGUAGUCAAAACAUUAGUUGAUCAGGGGUCAACAGCAAAUUUGAUAACAAUACGAGCCUGUCGUUUACUGAAUUUGCGUUUUCCUCGGAAUAAGUCAGCGAUGCUUGGUGUUGGCAAUACCCCCGUCGGCUGUGUCAUCGGGAGAGCACGUUUUGAAAUUGGUUCAGUUCAUAAUCCAGAUUUCAAAUUGAUUAUAAUAGCUAUUGUGGUUCGAAGCAUCGGUGAAGUAAAUGGUGUAAAAAAGGAGGAAACUUCUGCAUGGAAACAUUUGAUCGGUUUGCCACUAGCUGACCCACAAUUUUAUGAAGCAAAUCAUGUUGACAUGCUUCUUGGCUCAGCUGCACACGGCGACAUCAUUAUGGACGGUCUUGUAAAAGGUAAUCGAAAUGAGCCAAUCGCACAACGUACAGAAUUGGGUUGGAUUGUGUCUGGACACAUUGAUGUGACUGAAUCGUUCGCAACGUUCUGCCGUCUAACCACACUUGACGACAAAUUAGAUUCAGAAAAGGAGUUGUGUGAGCAAUUGAAAGCAUUUUGGGAAUUGGAGGAAGUGAAGUACACUCGACAUUUCACUAUUGAUGAGCAAAUGGCUGAAGAAAUAUUCAAAAAUUCAGUCAAACGUACCGCCGACGGCAAAUUUGUGGUUGAUUUGCCAUUCAAAAAGAACCCUUUGAAUGGGAAUUGUUUUGGUGAGUCUCGUUCAUUCGCUGAGAAACGGUAUAAAUCAUUGCAACGUCGUCUUGAAAAGAAUCCACAGCUAAAGAUAAAGUACGACGAAGUGUUGGAGGAAUAUUUAACGUUCGCGCACAUGGAACUAGUCGAAAAUCGUCCUGAACUACAGUAUUUUCUCCCACAUCAUUAUGUAGUGAAGGAGACCAGUAGCACAACAAAGGUGAGAAAUGUUUUCGAUGCGUCGGCAAAAAGCAGCAACGGUAUGUCAUUGAAUGAUAAUUUGUAUGUCGGAGCAACUAUUCAGCCCGAGUUGUUUGAAUUGUUAAUUCAGUGGCGCAAAUAUGAAUUUGCAUUGUCCGGUGACAUUGAGAAAAUGUAUCGAAUGUUUUGGGUGAAUCCAAUUCAUGCGAAUUUCCAAACAAUUUUGUGGCAACGCCCUGGAACCGAUUCAAUUGAAGAAUACCGAUUGUUGACGAUUACGUUCGGUACCAGCAGUGCACCAUUUCAAGCGAUUCGUUGUGUGUAUGAGAUUGGAGAACACGUUAAGGAAACAAAUGCACAGCUCGCUGAAAUGAUCCAAAAGUGUUUUUACGUUGAUGAUUUCUUGAAGUCAUUUACUAGCAUCGAGUCAGCGGUCGAAAUGCGAGAGUUUCUCACUGAAACACUAGCCGAGUACGGUCUUCGUUUACGAAAAUGGAAGUCAAAUGAUGAACGUACGCUUGCAAAUGUUGAUUGUGUAGACAAAGAACCACUAGCAUUCGAUUCAACUUUAAAAACGUUAGGUAUUUCAUGGCAACCGAGUUCCGAUGUUUUUGUGUUCAAACCAUCUGAGACCAUACAAGCUGUGAAUUGGACAAAAAGGAAAAUUUUGUCUGAAGUGGCAGAGUUGUUCGACCCUUUAGGUUGGCUUGCUCCGUGUAUAAUCAGAGCAAAGAUAUUAUUGCAGGACAUUUGGCAUUUGCCUCGAACUAUUGAAUGGGAUUCCGAAUUGCCUGCCCACAUUGUGUCACAAUGGGUGCCUAUUGUAACUGAGUUGAUCGCACCAAUACCGAUACAAAUACCUCGUUGGUUGAGAUUAUCCAAUCGAGAUUUAAAUGUAGAAAUUUAUGGCUUUUGCGAUGCUGCGAACAGUGCGUACGAUGCAUGUGUAUAUUUACGUGUCACGAACGAAGAUGGAACAACAUCAUGUAAUUUGGUCGCUGCAAAAUCUAAAGUCGCUCCCGUGCGUGCAGUAACAAUCCCACGGUUGGAAUUAUGUGGGGCUGUGUUGCUGGCCAAAUUAUUGCGUCGGUGUUGUCAAGCGCUAUCGCUCAGCGACUGUCGAAUUCAAGCUUGGAGUGACUCAAAAAUCGUUCUUGCGUGGAUCUCCACACACCCAAGCAAAUGGUCAACGUUUGUAGCCAAUCGUGUGAGUGAAAUACAACAAACGUGCGAAGCCGGAAACUGGUUGCAUAUUCCUACGAAACUGAAUCCAGCUGAUAUUGGCUCUCGCGGCAUGUCAAUCAAUGAAUUGAAAGAUUCUUCGCUGUGGUGGAAUGGUCCGAAAUUUUUAUUUUCGACCUCCGAACAAUGUCCGUCACAAAAUUAUAAUUUGCCAAUUGACACAGCACCAGAAAAGAAACGCGCUGUAAAAAUUCAUCAUGUGCACGAGCCCAAGCACAAUUACGUGUUGGAAUACUUUUCCACGUCUUUUGCGAUUCACGGCGUACGCAAUGCGUUGGCGUACCAAAACCAUAAACAAAUCCGUUUCAUUCGAACCUAUGAUCACGGCUUGCGAGUUAAAUACGGCAGAAAAUCGAUGGGUAAAGAUGAUUCAAUUGGAAAGUUUCGGUCAUGA